CACAUGCGCUCCAAGUGGGCAGCGGAAUUAGCGUCAAGGUUUUAAGAUGGCGGACAGUGUCUCACAAGAAGAAAUGUUUGAAGAGUGGCUAAGCUCUCGUAUGAAACAGUUAGGUCUAGAUGAAGACGUAUUUGGAAGCUAUGUCACAGGAGUAUUGGAUUCUGAGGAUACAGACGAAGAUCGCAAAGAAGCACUCAAGGGUAUUUUGGAAGGAAUGACGCAAUAUCCUCUGAACGACCUUUGCAAUGAAGUCAUUGAGAGAUGGAGAACAUCAAGAGCAGAAGUUUUACAGGAAAAGGAACUCGAAAAAGAACAGAAAGCAACAGAAAAACAGAACAGGCUGGCAGAAAUAAUGGAGAAACAAGCUUUAACAGUGUCUUCAACAAAAUGCACUCAGGGUAGUGCUGACAGGGAAGUUAAGAAGCUCUUGCUUGCACAGUAUGCACACGAGUCAGAUGAAGACUACUGUACCGAUAGUGAUGAUGAACAAGCUUCACAUUCUUCUGCUGACAAGGAUUCAGGGAUGGUCAAAAAUAUGAAUGCACAAUCUGUAGCAGAUAAAGAGAAAGACAAGAGAGAUAAGAUGAAGGAAGACAGUGAACAGAGAAAACAACAAAUAAAAGAGGCAAAAGAGAAGCAAAAACAAAAAGCAGAUGAGAGGAAAGAGAAGGAAAGGAAAAGAACACAAAAAGGAGAGAGACGAACCAGAUGACACACACUGUUACAGGAAUAAUUAAUAAACCUCUUUCUUGCUUGAAGGGUUCUUGUGUUGAAUUUGAUACUGUCAAACUACAGUUUUAUCGCAUGAAAAAAUCUUAUUUUUCUUUUCAAUAUGUUUGAAAAUAUAAUUUGUCAAUGCCAAUCUGCUUUUGAAGGGGAAGACUACUCACCACUAACAGCUUCGUGUCUACAUACAGGUAGUUUGAAAGCUGUAAUUUAUUAUUUGUAGUUUAGAAGAAAAAGUAAAUACUGGUAAAUGUUAUGAAAAAGAAAGAGGAAGAUACAGGCAAAGUAGUAACACUGAGAUGUAAAAUAUGAAGAAAAAGAGAUAUUAAAGAUAUUUUUCCUUAUUUAA